AUGCCGCGGGUGAUGGUGCUCUACGGCAGCGAAACGGGCACGGCACAGGACGUGGCCGAAUUCGUGCAACAGCACGCUUUCAACCGGCAGUUGCUGGACACGCAAAUUUCGGCUAUGGACGAGUUCCCUGUGGCGCAGUUGCUGGCGCAGUGCUCUACCGUCGUGUUCGUAGUGUCCACGACUGGCGACGGCGAGGCGCCCGAGAAUAUGCGCAACAGCUGGCGCAGUCUGCUGCGAAAGACAUUGGGACCACAGUGGCUUGCGGGUGUGCGGGUGGCUGUGUUCGGCCUGGGCGAUUCCAGUUACGCCAAGUACAAUGCGGUGGCCAGGCGUCUGCAAGCGCGUCUGCUGCAGCUGGGAGCCUCGGAGCUCAUCGACCGUGGGUUGGGUGACGAUCAGCACGCAUACGGAUACUUUGGGGCCUUGAACCCGUGGAUGGAGAAGCUCUGGGCGGCAGUGUUGCAGCUGUAUCCGCUGCCUGAGGGAGUAACAGUUGAUGACUCCCCAAAACCAAUCGAGCCUCGCUACUCUGUUAUUGUGCAUGACGCUGGAGCUCAAGAGGUGCAGCAGGCAAAAUUAUUGACACCGGGGAUGGAUAGUUCCAGCUUUUACGCGCCACCAAGCACGACGGUGGGGCGUGAGAAGGGCAUCUACUUGGCUCCCGUCGUGGUGAACAAGCGAAUUACUGCCGAGGACUGGGAGCAAGAUGUGAGGCAUGUAGAGUUUGAUAUAAGCGAGAAUUCCAGCACAACUGAGCCUCCAUUCAGAGCUGGAGAUAUCGCUGUGGUGUAUCCUGAGAAUGUGACGGGUGUGGACGAUAUGCUGCAGUAUGUCAAGCUUAGUGGCGAUACUGCCAUCUCGAUCAACGCUGCCGACGGCUCAAAGCAGUUCGAUCUUCCUUCUCCGAUUACUGUUCGUGACUUGUUCGCGAAGUAUCUUGCGAUCCUUGAUGACAUGAUUCAAGCUCCGUACUACUUCAACAGCCAAACCGAGGAAUACCAAUGGGAUAAACCCGAUGCUAUCGAUAACGCGUACUUGACCGACAGUCAGACCUCUCGCAAGCGGAAGGAAUGGCUCGAAGAGCAGCUUCAAGAUCCCGAAG